CCUUGGUAGGUGUUCUUUGAACGCAUCACUGUAGGAAACUUUCCGGUGUGUUUUCCUUCAUGUUCCCUGAGCUCGUUGUUAUGUUACAGUCAUACCGAAAACACUUCCAGCCGUUCCGAUGAACAGCUCAGCUAACUCUUCCAUCUUAUAUGAUAAUUAUUGGUAACUGGCUAGCUGGUGAGAUGUAGCGUUAGCUAACGUUACCUCGGUGACGCCUCCUUCUCGCCUGCUCUCCGCUCCAAAGUGCAAAUAACGUUACCACCAGGUCGGCUGGUUCAUGUGAGGGUUCACCGGGUCAGAGGUUAUUUUCCCGGACAGCCGACACGGCGAUUUCGUCGCGGUCUUAUUCCCACUUGCUGUCGAUUCCCCGAGGUAUCAUCAAGUGACUGUAAAGGUGUGUUUUCUACAAGAAGCAGGAUGAACCGAAGGGGAGAAACCACCGAGGAAACCUCCGGGGCUCCGGUGGUGUCCUCCUCACAGACCGACGCUGCUGAACAACGAAAGAGGACGACAGUCAUUUACGUCGUUUACCUCAUCGCUGCUUUGGACAUCACAUGGAUGUUUUUGCAGUUUUCUGUCACCCCCUAUUUGGCAAAGAAACUUGGCUUUGACACCUUGUGGUUUGGUUAUUUGCAAACCACUGUCGGUGUAAUCAUGCUGUUCGGGGGUCCUAUGUUUGGAAGAUUUGGAGAUCUGUUCGGAGCACGAGCAGCCUUGUCACUGGCUUGUUCGGCAACCGUUGUUUUCUUUCUGCUGCUGGCCAUAGCCGACCAUCCUGCCAUGCUGUUCAUCCACAAACUUCCCACAGUCUUCAUGCAUGUCCUACCUGCAUGUCAGAUGGUUGUUACAGACCUGACAGAACCUGAAAAACGGGCAGAUGCCUUAUCCAAGCUAGGUCUGUGUUUUGGCAUCGGCAUGAUAGCUGGGUCAACAUUGGGCGGCCAUCUUAACACACGCUAUGGGGAGACAUUCACUGCAUGUUUUGGGGCUGCUGGGAGUACCUUCAGUUUACUGUUGGUUUUAAAGUUUAUCCCAAAAAAUACCAAAGUUAAAGCUCCAACUACAACCAGCACAGACAGUGAGAGCAAAAAAAAAUCCAUAUUCAAUGUGGGGGAGAUCACACGACUGAUGAAGUUUCCAGGCGUGGCGCGGACUUUUAUUGUGAAGAUAGUUGCAGGUUUGCCAUCAGGUAUUUUCCAAGUGAUGUUCUCUAUCAUUGCUUUGGAGUUCUUCAAGCUGACACCAGAGGAGAAUGGAUAUCUGAUGGCUUAUUUUGGCAUAGCACAAAUGGUUAUUCAGGGAGGGGUGAUCGGUCGGCUCACACCGAGAUUCUCUGACCACUCGCUGCUGCUGCUGUCCAUCGCAGUUUCUUCUUUGGUGGGACUGGCUCAGGCCUACAUGCAGAAUGUGUUCCAGUUCUGCCUCACCGUCAUGCCGAUGAUGUUUUCUCUCAGUGUGUUCAACGUCAUCACGGACAGCAUGCUCACCAAGGGCGUACCGUCGUCUGACACAGGCACAAUGCUGGGACUGUGCGCGUCUGUCCAAUCUCUGCUUCGCACAGUCGGACCGACCGCAGGCGGCUUCCUGUAUGUGAACUACGGGAUAUCCUCUAUAGGCACGAUCCAGUGUGUUGUCAAUAUGGCAGUGUUUGUUUACCUGCUGCAGCGUGGCCGCGAGAAAACGACCGAGCAAACAAAAUGAAGUCACUCUGUCUUAAAAAUAAUGGUCUGCUCAUCUCCAGCUGACGAGAGAUGGAAAUCAAUGUUUGUUUCUUAGAACGAUCAUUCCUACGACUGCGCAUAUUUAAAGUUUUCUGUUGCAGUCGACGACGUGAUGAGAUAAGGUCAGGUCCCUCCAGUUCAUCACUGAUUCAGAUCUGUUUGAUCUGAGGUGGGGGUUCAGAGCCAAACCACUAGAUGGAAGCAAAUCCUCUAUUUUACCUGAUGAUACUCACAUUCACCUUAGAGUUCGGUUUGCUGACAUUGACAUUUUAUGUAACAUCAUCAAAAAUGAUAAGAUAUGUAUCAUUAUCAUUUAAGAUUGAAAAUAAUUUUAUCAGAACAAUACAUAAUUAUUUUUUUAAAUGUGUCACUGUUUUUCAUUAAACACUUGAGAAUGA